GCAGAGGCAGAAGCGCCGUGUGCCGGACCCGGCCGGGAUGUCCCUGUCCGCCCCCGACAGCACAGACACGACCAGCCGCAGGAGGAGGCCGGCCCCCGACACUCAAGAUCCUCCAUGGGAGCAGGCCGCUCACCCUCAUGGGCUUAUCUGCGACCGACAAGGUCAACAGCUGAAUUCAGCCGACACACACACUCCCCCGGCACAUCGGUCUCUGUGUCCUGUAAUCUGUGCUGCAAAGUGUACGGUGGCCACGCAUGCAUGUCAGAGCCAUCAUGCUUGUGACGAUAGCUGGGAGGAAAUCCUCAGCAAGACCACUAUCAGAGCUGAGAACGAAGUGGAGGCCAACAAGCUGGUCAACAACUACAGGUUUGGUUUCAGAAAAUGGAAGAGCCAUGUGACGGAGCGUCCGUUUGAAGUCCGGUCAGAUGUUGUGAAAGAGCUCUACUCUGAACUGAACGUCAUUAAACCGCACACAGGUCAUCUCGUCACAUUUGGAAAUGUGUUGUACGUGUUUCUCUUCGGCUGGUGGGUGUCUCUGGUGUACCUCCUGGUCAGCGUGCUCAUGUUCGUCACUGUGAUCGGGCUGCCGUAUGGUAAGCUGUGCUGGCAGCUGUCAUGGUACUUCCUGUGGCCUUUUGGCAAGUCAAUCCAGGAGAUAGGAAACACGGUGAGGAGGUGCUGUGAGAGGGCCCCCAACUGUGAGUGCACCACAGAGACGGAGGACGAUGUCUCGCCUGUCCUGCUGCCUUCACCCACAGAGGUGCCAAUCCCGGAGAUGCCAGGCAGGCCUCCACACAAACCCUACUGGCAUCGGUUCACCACCUACGUGUGGCUGCUGCUGGGAUAUCCUCCUCUGAUUGUGGUCCACUCGCUGGCCUGUUUCCUCUCCUGGAUCCUGGUCUUCACCAUCCCCGUGGCAAAAAUGAACGCACGCACCCUGGGCACUGUCCUCCUCUUGGCUCCUGAGGAUGUUUCUGUCUCCUCCUGCUCACAGAGGAAGUAUCAAGGCUGUGAGACCAGAGCGCUUCUGUGCUGUUACCACGCUGCAAACUGGUACUACUACAAGUACACUGUGGAUGGGAUCAAUGUGUUUGCUGUCAACCUCCUCCCUCUCGUAAUCGUUGCCAUGGUGAUAGGGUACAUCGACAAAGGAAACCAGUUUGCCAGCUCUGAGGUCAAGUUUGCCAUAGCAGUCGGUUCCAUCAUACCGCUGUCAUAUUACAUCGGUAUGGGCAUCGCCAGUAUCUCAGCACAGAGUAACUUUGCUGUGGGCGCUGUGGUCAACGCCACUUUCGGCUCCAUCACGGAGCUGACCUUCUACAUCACGGCGCUGCUCAGGGCUCACAAGACAGCCAACCCCUGUCUGCAGGAGAUCGUGAAGGCGGCGCUGACUGGCACGCUGCUUGGAUGCAUCCUGUUCAUCCCUGGCAUCUGCAUGAUCAUCGGAGGGCUGCGACACAGCGAGCAAAGGUUCAACAGCCGCUCGACUGGCGUGAGCUCCGCUUUGCUCUUCAUCUCUGUAGGAGGUGUGUUUGCCCCCACGCUUUUCUCCAAGGCGUACGGGAACCUGGUGUGUGACGCCUGCACCAACUCCACCGGAGGAAACAGCACCAGCAACAGCAGCGGGCCGUUUGUCUGCCACAACUGCCACUACGACCUGAGCAAUCAGACAUUAUUCCACAGCCAUGUCGAACCGCUGGUGUACUCGGUGUCUGUCCUCUUGCCCGUUGCCUACAUCAUCGGUCUAAUUUUCACACUGAAGACGCACUCCCACAUUUACGACAUCCACGUUGGAGGAGGACAGGUGACGGGCCACCACGGGGCGGUGGUCCACUGGUCCCGCUGGAGGUCUCUGGUCAUCCUCAUCAUGGCCACUGUGCUCAUGUCUGUCUGUGCCGACCUCGCCACCCAACACAUCCAGCCCAUCCUGAGCCAGCCCAGCAUCUCUCAGUAUUUUAUAGGGGUUACAGUCCUCGCUAUGGUCCCUGAGAUCCCAGAGAUUGUGAAUGGGAUCCAGUUUGCGCUCCAGAACAACAUCAGUCUUAGCUUGGAGGUGGGGAGCUGUAUCGCCGUGCAGGUCUGCAUGCUACAGAUCCCUGUGCUCGUCCUGUUUAAUGCGUUCUACGAUGUGGGUUUUGUGCUCUUAUUCAGCGACUUGCACCUAUGGGCAAGUAUUUUCAGUGUCAUUCUUGUCAACUACAUCUUCAUGGACGGCAAAUCAGAUUAUUUUCAGGGUACGGUUCUUGUGGUCGUCUACCUUAUCCUGCUGGCGCUGUACUUCUUUGCCCCGUCUCCAGCGGGAUGCUGAUCGUGGGACCAUGGCUUUUUAACCUUUAUUUAUUUUUUUUAACUCGUGAGGACUUUGGAUGUGCACCUUCUCCCCUGUUGUUGAUCUGCUGUCCUCAUAGGAUUAUAAUUGACCUAGGUUAUGGGAGUCAUAGGACAGAUUUAUUGUUCAUAUAGCUCAUAGGCUUUUGUUUCAUUGUGCUUACUUUUUCCCUGAAUUAUGCGCACAGCCAUGACGUUGAAAAUGUUUCUCAGGAAGGCAUUGGUCUGAUUGCACAAAUGCAUUAGUUUAACCUGCUGCUGUAAAGUGUAUGCUAAUGUAUCUAACUCUUUGUCAUUAGAAACUGUGCCAUUCGUGAGUUAUGGAGAAUGAGGAAAAAAAUGAUAAAUUAUUUUUUGUAAUGCUAAUGGAUAACAAGUUCCUGGUUGUGACCAAGGGCGUCUGCAGAAAGGGCAUUUUGUUCAUUCAGUAGCUUUUUAAUGUCAAGGUACUGACAGUCUAUAAUGUGACCGUGCUAACCAAAAGGGUGCACGUUAAUGCCAGUGACUUUACCGUGAAGCAAAAACAGAAGUAGCACCCUACACUCCAGAGGCAAGCAUGGCUGGCUGUGCUGAGCAAGAGCAAUAAAACUGAAAACAAUGUGUGUCAAUAUACCAUCUUGAAAAACCUGCUGCCAGUGUUUUUAUUGAUUGUACAGACCGGAAUUACAAAACAAAUACAGACGUAAUUGCCUUUGAGGAGACAUUCAGUUUUUCUCUCUCUACAGUCGUAAAGUGACAUGCAGACCAUAGUGACAUGCAGAAGAGAUCAUGUAGCUUUUUUUUUUCCUUAACAUCAAAGAAAUGAUGCAAAUAUAUAAAUGUGUUGGUCUCAUAAGCAAGGCUGUACAUUUA